GUUUUUCUAAUGCCUUUUUGGAACUGCGACCGCAAGACAAGCCGCCGCGGUGUAUUCUGGGAACACACGGUAGAUUCAAGAUGGCGGCGAGCAGGAGACUGCACAAGGAACUUGAAGAGAUUCGUAAGUCUGGAAUGAAAAACUUCCGAAACAUUCAAGUGGAUGAAUCCAACAUACUGACCUGGCAAGGUCUUAUUGUCCCUGACAACGCUCCCUAUGACAAGGGAGCUUUCAGGAUCGAAUUAAUCUUCCCCGCCGAGUACCCCUUCAAGCCCCCCAAGAUCACGUUUAAGACGAAGAUCUAUCACCCCAACAUCGACGAGAAGGGACAGGUGUGUCUGCCCGUCAUCAGCGCAGAGAACUGGAAACCAGCCACCAAAACUGACCAAGUAAUUCAGUCCCUGAUUGCGUUGGUGAACGACCCCCAGCCAGAGCACCCCCUGAGAGCGGACCUAGCAGAAGAAUACUCAAAGGACCGGAAAAAAUUCUUUAAGAACGCAGAGGAGUUUACAAAGAAACACGGAGAAAAGAGACCAAUGGACUGAUCACCUGACCAGUGUGUAGCCCUCUCCUCUCCUCUCCCCAACCGAACGUCUCCUCCUCCUCGCUUCUCUCUGUACCUUCCCCCUCUCUCUCUCUCCUCCCCCAUCUCACCACACACCCUCUCCUCCAUUCUUCCCUCACACACACACACGUCAUCCUAGCAGCCCAAGAGCUCCUCACCUCAGAGUGGCUGCAGCCUCCCCUCUACGCAGGACUUUGGAUCAGACUGGUUGUCUCCUCCUCCUGGCUAUAGCUCGAGGCCGUUACUAACUUUCUACUAUUUUCUUAAAUUAAAAUAUGAAAAAUGAAAAAGACAGGAAAAAAUAAAUGGUUAGAACAUCCAUGUUAAAUAUGGAGAACUACGGAGGGGGAAAAAGUAGAAGGAAAUGUGAAAUGAAAAAAAUCAGAUGUUUUGCUGUUUGUAAAAAAAAAAGAAGAAAAAAAAAGAGAAAAAACUACAAAUCACUGCUCGAGUAUCAUAGAUCUUUCUCCUAACUUCUGGAAGGUUUUUCUGACAAGGAAAAGUUGUGGUUAUCCUUUAUUUUCUUUGUUCUGUUCUCUAGUCUCAUCUUGUUCUGUCGCAGCCCUAAAUGAAAUGUUUUACUAAAAACAAAGAAAAAAAUAAGACAACCCUUUCUCUCACAGCUAGCUAGGCCCUGGAAGUGUGUCCUUAAAUAUUUUCCCUUUGACUUCUCUGCUUCUGGAGUUGCACUGUAUUCUGUGGAACAAGCCCUCUCUCAGUUGUCCUUCCCCUCAGCUUGGAGCCAGCCCACUGAGCAGACAGACAGAAAAUGGCCACUGAUAAUACGCCAAUAUUGUCAUGAAUUACAAGUGUAAUUGACUGGGAGAUAAUUAAUCUUUCACACUCCCCUUCGCCGGUCCAAAAUGUUUGAGGAUGCCCCUCUUUGCAUUAGACGUUCUGAGACUUCCUUCUGAUUUAGUUUUUUUUUUGCGUUAUAGGCAUAAGUGCCAUUGUCAAAUCCCCCUCUGUGUUAUAGCGCGGUUGUAAUACCCCACCCACUGGUUCUACAGUUCCUACCAUUCUGCAUGUCCUGAGUUCUAACUCCUCCCCUAGACACAUUAGAUAGCAGUUGUCGUCUCAAGACAGUGGGAAGUAAGAAUAGUACAGACGCCGUACAUUUUGUUUACUGAAACGCUCUGCACGGUCAGUCCGAAGUCUGCAGUGGCCGCACAGCAUUUACUGCGAUACGGCCUCUGAAGUCAGGGCACGUAUACUUCUUGCGGUCCGCGGAGCAGCGCAGAGCUGUUGUAAAGAAAGUUGUCCAUGAAGUGAAUUUGUGUUUAUACAGGACCAUCCAACCCCCACCUUCUAUCAACCAAUCAUGUCAAUGCGGAGCUAUACGGAGCCCUCCGCACUCUUACAACAUUUGGGCGGCGCACGGUGAUGGCGCGGUGAUGGGGUAUGGAGCUCAAUUUGGCCUCUGCGUGCCUCCGGAGGCUCCGCUAAUUUACGCCACACCGUCCGUACGACGCCUCCGACCACAUUUUCAGAUCAAGCUUAAAUUGGCUUUAGGUUUACUCUCCAGCCACACACAUUAUAACCCCGCUGCCUUUCUCUCUCUACAUAGAAAAUAAUCUUAGCACUGCAAACCAAAUCUCAUAUCACGAGAGACUAACGUAAAUAUAUACAAAUCAGUGGCCGAUAUAUCCACUGGAACAGAACAGCCCCCCCCCCCCAAAAAGGGACUUAGUGAACUGUCAGGCCUGGUCGGGGGGCAACGCCAGGGGAGUCUAAAGACUGAGGGGGAAUCCAAAAUGGCACCCUAUUCCCUACAUAGUGCUAUACAGAACCCUAUGUGCCCUGGUCAUAAGUAGUGCACUAGGUAGGGAAUAAGGUGCCAUUUGGAACACAGACUGGGUUAACGCACAGAGACGGUGAUCCUAUAUAAACAGGCACCUUAUAUCGAGCUGUGAGAGGGCUAACUGUCUGCCAUUAGGGUGUAAACAGGACAGGGACUGGAGCCGUGUGACUCGGUCCAACGUUUCAUAAUAAAGAUGGCUAACCAUUUGG